AACUCAUAAGCAAGAAAGCAAUACAACAUAUCUAUCAGACAAGAUGAAGUGUUUAUUGCUAUUAUGUCUGUGUUUGCUUCCUUUUGUGGCUUUUUCAUCAAAUUUCACUUCCGAAAAUCCCACUGUUACUUCUAGAUCUCCUCCAGGGAGGGAAGUACUUGACUCGUUGGGUAGAUUUAUUGAAAUUCGUCGAAGCUACCGCAUCGGUUCCACUCUUGCGGGUGCCCUAGGGGGUCGAGUGUACCUAGGUGCCACCCCAAAUUCAGCUGGCCCUUGUCCAGAUGGGGUGUUCAAGUCCAAUUCUGGAGGUACAGACGUCAGAUUCAUUCCCUAUAGAAAUGUGGGAAAUCCACAUCCACAUGCAGUUCAAUUCCUCCAUAUAAACCAAGACAUUAACAUCCGGUUCAAUACAAGGAAUAAUAAUUGUGAUAAUUAUACAAUCUGGAAAUUCGGAGACUAUGAUGCAUCUUUAGAUGCGACACUGUUGGGGACGAGGGGAGGUACCAUACGCGAACGAGACAGCAGUUGGUUUAAGAUAGUGAGAGCACCACAAGCUAAUAGUUACCGCUUGUUGAAUUGUCCUGGUCCUAUUGCUUGUCCAUCUUGCCAUCUUGAAGGGUGUCGAGCAGUGUGGGCAAUUACUAUGCAAGAUGGAAGGAGGCGUUUAGCUCUCGCCACAGCCCAAAAUCCUCCUCAGCUGCUCCGCUUCCCUCUUAGUGUCAACUUCGUUCGUUGACCUUAAUUCGCUUUAUAAAUAAUUAAACCUCUGCGGCGCGCGAGGCUUCUAUCUCUACAUUAUUAUUUCCUUCUGGAAUUGAUUAUUUGGAGUUAUUGCAUGUCUUUAAGCGUUUUUAAACUUGGAAUAAUGUAUCACAUAAUAAUGUUGCGUGCGUGAAUAAAGUUUCAUAUGAAAAAUAAAAAAGAGAGAAAAGGAGUGAGUGGAUCAAUGAACUUGGGUGGAUCAUAUAUUUUUAUGAGAUAAUUUUAUCAUGUUCAAGAUUUGAAAUAUGUGAUAAUGAACUUCUCUUGUUUAUCUUUUA